AUGACCCAGGCACAGUUCCCUCGUGUGCGUUGUGCGCACAAAAAAGUAACGUCCGGCUGCAAGACCUGCAAACGGCGCCGAAUCCGAUGCGACGAGACUCGACCCAAGUGCCUCAGAUGCCAACGGUCCAAGGUCGAUUGUGACUAUGGCUCUGCACCACCGGCGGCGGCACAGGCCACGCCAGCCUCGUCGUCACGGACAGCCUCACCACAAGCAUCGGAGUUGAGUCCGCCCGAGUCCCGGCCACGUGCUGACUCUGGCAAGUGCCUCGAGGACUUGAGUGUCCAGCCUGUCAGCUACAAGCCAGACGUUAUUCUCCCACAACAGCCCUCACUGCUGGACCUGACGCAACGACAGAGUGCCUUUCUCGACAAUUUUCGCACCCGGGUCAUUGAUAGUCUAGGCCUUCUGGCCAUCAACAAAGCCUCGAUCGCACGGACGCUGAUGCAACAGGUCGUCAUUGACGAGGACAUCAGAGCAUCUGCACUUAGCAUCGGGGCAUUACUCCACGCCAACGAGUCUCGGAAGCACAAGAUCCAUGCGAGCGGCGAACACCAUGUCUCCAACACGGGGUCGUGGGACGAGCAGACGUACGAGAUGGCCGUGCAGUUCCACGUCAAAGCACUGUCCAAGUUCCGAGAAAGAGUUGCUGCCAAGGAUCCCACCCUUACUCGACGUCUCAUUCUCGUCAUGUCUGUCCUCUUUGUCAUCUUCGAGAACAUCUUGGGAGACACAAAGUCCGUGGACCGCCUGAUGGCGAUCACGGUCCACAUGUUGCAGGAUGAACUCUGCAGCAUGGGUCGGCUCGGGCCUAGCACAAGCAAGACAUGCGAUAAUGGCGACGAGGGGGUCAACGAGAUGAACGUUCUUCUCUUCACAAUGGCCUGUAUGAACAGCUGGGCUCUGCCGAGCUACCCAAAUCAAAGAGAGGCCAUGUCAAAAAUCGGUGACGGCACCACCUCGAUCCGACCGCCCGACCCUACGAUGGCGAUAUCUGGCUGGUACGAGGCCUACCGUCUCUACUUCCACCGAACGGCCGUCUGGGCGUUUCAGACGUGCACGGCAGUAGGGCUCUAUGGCACAGCCACCGAGAACAUGCGGUCACAACAAGAAGGUAUUCUCGCCCACUACUCAACCUGGCUGCAAAUGAUACGAACACGAGUCGACGGUGCCACCACGGAAGAUGAGCUCUGGAAGUGGACCAUGGUGUUAUUCUCGAGCCUGGGCUCGCAGCCGCUGUUCGCAUGCCUGUUCGACAGGGAGGAGAUGAUGUACGACCUGUACACGGAGUACUUCCGCGAGGCCCUCGACGUGUUCGAGCGGCAAGCUGCGAUUGCAGAGGGCAAGUCACAUCUGGGACUUCCCCAAGUCACAGUGUGGAAUCGGAGAGAGAUCCAGGUCCUGCUGUUCAUCAUGAUCUGCAGCCGAGAUAUCGAGAUACGCAUGCGCGCGGCUGCCCUGUGUAGGACAUACAUCACCGUCGACUCGACCUGGGACGAGAAGGCAAUGCUGAUGGCGGGCACCGAGUGGAUCAAGCUCGAGGAGGCCUGCAGGAAUGAGGACGGGAUCAUUCCCAAGGAAGCUCGGUUGCGAUGGACACGGGUGGACUGGAAUGACACGCACACCGAGGUCACGGUCGAUUUCUACAACUUGUCCAGACAUGAGUUGACGACUGUCACCGUUGGGGGUGACACGGGAUUCGCACACUUACUCUGGACUGUAUGA